AUGGGUGAUACGGUCCUCUUCACUACCGACGAGGCAAUCCUCGAAUCCAUCGCCAACAACGACCUCUGUCUCAUCCACGAUUUUGACUUUGCCAAUUCGACGCAAGAUGUUAGGGAACAGAGCGAACAUUCCGACGCGCUGAUGACGUUCACACCGUAUCGGCCGACGACGGGCGAACUUUUGGAGAGUCCGCGCGCCGAGCCAAAGUUCUACCCUGUAAAGGAGGCAAUUCCGGGCAAUGGGAUCGAUUUGAAAGCGAAAGUCCUACACAUCGAGUUGCUGUCAAAUUGGGGAAGCCGGGAUUCGAUAGGGUUGACCGGGCUUGAGAUCCUUGGCCCCAACGCAGAAGUGCCUAAUAAGCGGACGCAAUCUAUCGCGCAGCCCUCCGAAAUGUGGCUGACACCGUUCGACCCUAGCAAACCGCCGACGAUCACCAUCAACUUCCCGCAACCGCAGGCGAUUACUGGCAUCUCCUUCUGGAACUACAACGCCUCACCGGAAAUGUCGAAAGCCCCAGGCUUCGUCUUCUUCGACUACGUCCAGGAUGUGCCCCUUCACGAAGGCGUGGUCCCAGAAGACGGCCGUUCCCGUCCGCUGACCCAUUCGAUCGAUGGAUUUAUCUUCCAACUGCGGCUGCUCUCGACUUGGGGCGACGAGUUCUACGUGGGUCUCAACGGGAUCGAGCUGUUGGAUAGGAGAGAUCGUCCGUUGAAGCUUCGACCUCACAAUCUCGCCGCUUUCCCCAGAGUCCAUCAACAUCCUCCCGAUGGU